AUGUCCAAUGAUUUAACUCAAUUACAAAUGUCAGAAGAUCAACAACAUACAAACAGUAUCAAUGAAGAAUAUUGUCCAACAACUCGUCUAUCCUAUCAUCCAACUCCUCCUCAUCAUCAUCUUCAUCCAGUAUCUUAUUUAACUGGAAUUCAUGAAGAUACACGUGGUGAAUUAGCACAUUCUAUUAGUGAUUUUCAACAAUAUCAUAUCAAACAAUCACAAGAACAAUCUAUGCAUACAUGUGCAGUACCAAUCAAUGUCUGUUGUGUUUGUUCCAAUGACAAUGAUCAACAAUCACUGCAUUCUGAAGUUCAAGUAUUAUGCGCUUCUCCAGGUUGUAAAUACAGUGGACCAAUACACAGAAAAUGUUUAGAACAUUGGGAUACAUGUUGUGAUUUUUAUUGUCAUUUAUUAAAUAAUUCUUUCCAACAUUCUUUAUCACAAACAUCACAAACAUCACCAUCAUCAUCAUUAUUUGAUACAAUCAAUUCAACAACCAAUUCACCACCACCUCCUGCAACAUCUUCAUCAUCAUUAUCGAUUCUUUCAAAUUUCAAUGAUUCACCAUUGCAUAAAUCAUUUAUUGAAGGUUUAUUUCGUCUUUAUGAAUGUCCAUUAUGUGGUCAAUAUACGCUGUAUCGAUCAACUAUCCAUCAUCAUCAUCAUUUACCAGUAACUUCAAAUUUUACUGUGACUAAUAAUCAAACAUCACAGCCAUUAUCAUCUACAACAUCAAAUCCAUUUACAAGUGUUUUAUGCGCUAUACAAUAUGCAACUGAGAAAUUAAAUCAAUCUGAAUAUCCAAUUCAUCAAUCGGAUCCAUGUAAAUCAUACAAUACAUCAGCGCCAACAAUGGAGUUAUCAUCACCAAGAUCUCAUUCGAAAUUACCAACAGCAACAACUACUGGAAGGUCACAUUCUUAUGUUCAACCACCAUUGAUUACAGAUCAAUUCAGUGAUAUUUUAAGGUAA